AUGAUUAUGGAGAACUCUCAGUACCCGCUGUGCCAAACUGUCUUGCAGAGCGAGAAAAAGCCCAACCGCAUGUUGCUGAACUCGGUGCUGACGGUCGAGGUGGAGUGUCCGUACUGCCAUUGGCGAGGGAUGCGCGAGUCGUCGGAGCAGCAGCACACGUGCACGGAGGCGAACCGGGUCAUGAAGGCGCAUCACGACUCCACCGCGAGGAGGGUGCCAGGGUCAUCUUCUCCAGCAUAUGGACCAGGAGCGCAAGGGGUACAUCUCUCAAGACGACGACUUCCUGGGCUGGCUCAGCAGGCGAGGCCAGACUCGUCAGCGCUGUCCGGGCAUAGGCCAUUUGAGUACAUCGACGCCAUCUUGCAGUUUCGCUCCGUCGACCCCGAGUACAACGGCGUAAUCGACGCACACCACCUCGGCACCCUGCGCUUCAGGCACCGGUACGCGCAGACGCCUGAACAGGCAGUCCAGUACCUCCAGCUAUGCGAUGAGCGGCACACCGGGUACGUUAGCCUCCGGUAA